AUGGCAGCCGUCCCGGCGUCCCUGGGGUCUCACCGCGCAUGCUCGGUAUCCUGGAUACCGGUGUACACUAACAGAGACCGCUUUUUUGGAGAGGAACCCAAAAAUGACUUCAAACAUACAGACCUGAAGCCAAAAUCAAAAUAUAAUCCCCUACAUGAAUACUCCUCGGCGCUAAACAGCUUCAUGAACCAAGUAACCAGGGAUAUAAGAAAAAUUCGCUAUCCCAAAAAACCGCAAUAUAUGUGCAAUAUUUCUGAGGAGGAAAAGAAAGCCAUUAUCACUAUGCAGAAAAAUCAUGAUAUUAUCAUACGCCCAGCCGACAAAGGAGGGGGUAUAGUCCUAAUGAAUAUUAAGGACUAUAAGGGAGAAGCAGACAAUAUUUUGAGUGAUAACAGAACAUACAAAAAACUAAAGAGUGACCCAACUGAGUUUUUUAAAAAACAACUUAAGGGAUUAGUUCAAAAAGGAAAAGAUAUAGGUAUUUUAAAUAAAAAAGAAGCUACAUUCAUAAAUAAUGAACACCCAAAAAUUGCAGUGCUAUACCAUAACCCAAAAAUACAUAAAGAUACCCAAAAACCACCAGGGAGACCUAUAGUGUCUGGUAUAGACUGCCUCACUAGCUCCCUCUCCAGGUACAUUGAUCAACAACUCCAGCCAUAUGUACAGGUACUUCCAACCUACCUCAAGGAUACCAAACAUACUCUACAAAUUCUAAAUAAGAUAGAAUGGAAAGAAAACUAUAUCAUUGGUACACUUGACGUAAAAUCACUCAUCGCGUCACCGGCCGGGACACGAAGCUACACACUGACUUGCACGCUGACCUGCACGCCGACUCAUACGAAACCUGAACCACCUCAUUUCCCGGACUCCAGCAUCGAGGAUUCGGUGAGCAACAAUCACUCAAUCGGCAAUCUCCGAUUUUCAGAAAGCCGCACCAGCGCACCAAAUACAGAAGCACAAGCAGGAGGAUCAACAUACAGACAGGAGUUCACACUACAGUACCUUGAGCUCAGAUUUAACAGAUGUGUACGACUGAUUUGCACAUUGUUGUUCAUCAUCCAAACGGUUCUUUACACUGGAAUUGUAAUUUAUGCUCCAGCUCUGGCGCUGAAUCAAGUGACUGGGUUUGAUUUGUGGGGAGCUGUCGUGGCCACAGGAGUGGUCUGUACCUUCUACUGUACUCUGGGUGGUCUUAAGGCAGUUGUAUGGACAGAUGUAUUCCAGGUUGGGAUCAUGGUUGCAGGAUUUUCAUCUGUAAUUAUUCAAGCUGUUGUAGUCCAAGGUGGGAUUGGACCCAUUUUGAAUGACUCAUAUUAUGGAGACAGGCUAAAUUUCUGGGAUUUCAACCCCAAUCCACUGCAGCGGCAUUCCUUUUGGACACUUGUAGUUGGUGGUACAUUUGUGUGGGUUGGAAUCUAUGGUCUCAAUCAGUCACAAGUACAGAGAUACAUUGCUUGUAAAACCAGAUUCCAUGCUAAAAUGUCCUUGUAUGUGAAUCUGUUAGGACUCUGGGCUAUUCUUUCCUGUGCGGUACUUUGUGAACUGGCUAUGUAUUCUGUAUAUAAGGACUGUGACCCCUGGACUGCCAAAUUAGUAUCAGCCCCUGACCAGCUGAUGCCUUACCUAGCUCUUGACAUUUUGCGGGAUUAUCCAGGACUUCCCGGAUUGUUUGUGGCAUGUGCAUACAGUGGGACCUUAAGCACUGUGUCAUCCAGUAUUAAUGCUUUGGCAGCUGUUACAGUAGAAGACCUUGUGAAACCUUAUUUCCCAUCUCUCAGCGAGACCAAACUGUCAUGGAUUUCCAAAGGAACAAGUUUCUUGUAUGGUGCUGUAUGUAUUGCAAUGGCUGGUUUGGCAUCCGUGUUAGGAGGCUUAUUACAGGCAGCACUCUCCAUUUUUGGAAUGGUUGGUGGUCCACUGCUGGGGCUUUUUACUUUAGGAAUCCUCUUUCCAUUUGCAAACUCAUUGGGUGCCGUGGUUGGCCUCCUAGCAGGGUUUGCAGUUUCAUUGUGGGUUGGGAUUGGAUCUCUGAUUUAUCCCACUCUUCCUAUAAGAAGUUUACCUAAAUACCUGUCUGUAGAGGGCUGUAAUUUUAGUACCGCAGAUACCAACUGGACCUUAACAACAGCACCUCCUACAGUAACAGACUUAAUGAUAGAAGCACAAGUGGCUGACCGACCUGCACUGGCUGAUGACUGGUACUCAUUGUCCUAUCUAUACUUCAGUACCAUCGGUACAAUCAUUGCUGUUAUUGUUGGAAUAAUAGUAAGCCUGUUAUCUGGAGGUUUAAAACAAAAUGUAAAUCGGGAUUUCCUCUUAACAUCUCAAGACUUUGCAUAUCUUAAAGUACUGCUUCCUUCCAGCUGGGGCAAAGAAAAUGAAAAAGUAGAAGUGCUGAACUGGAAGAAUCGGGACAGUGAUCCGCAUCCAGAUAAAGGGACAGAUAAUCCUGCUUUUAGUGACAUGGAAAUGUACAGCACAGAAAAGAAUGAAAAACUUAAUGGAAUUAACCCAUGA